UACAUUUCUUAUCUCCCUACUAGUGAAUACUGCUGGCACUUCCAGUCUAUUUUAACCAAACUGAUACAAAACCCAUAGCCCAAAAUUAUUGGAAUUCAAAGAAUAUGUUGAUCCAUACAACCUUUUCCACGUCUUUGUAUCCCAAGAUUCACAAUACCCAGAAACUAAAAGCAAUAAAAUCAUCUGUUUCUGAAAGCACAACCUUAAAAGAUGUCCCUUUUCAUUCUCAAACUCAAAAUGAAUUGAACCAAUUGAAGAAAAAGGUAAAAGACCCUUUGAGCUGUAGUAACAAAUUUUGCUUUUGCUGCAGUAGAAGAGACUUUAUGGCAGCAGUAGGAACAGCUGCUCUAUUGCCCAUUCAUCCCUCACAUGCUUCUCAUGAUUCAUCACCUACUGAUCCCAUGGCAAUGUUGGAUAGGUUGCAUCCUCCUAGGCCAGAUUGGUACGAGGAGUUAUAUGCAACAGCCAUGAACACAAGUAUGAAAUCUUACGAAGCAGAGAUUGAAGGUUACAAGUCAGAGCUUUUUGCUAAUCUGAGAGGUGAUCAAGCGAAACAAAUCCUCGAAAUUGGCAUUGGGACAGGUCCAAAUUUGAAGUAUUAUGCCAGUAAGGCGGGCACUUCCGUUUAUGGCGUUGAUCCAAACAGGAAGAUGGAGAAAUAUGCACAAGCAGCAGCAGUCGCCGCAGGCCUUCCACCUGCGAAUUUCAAAUUCCUGCAUGCAGUUUCUGAGUCGUUGCCAUUACGUGAUGCUUCAGUUGAUGCUAUCAUUGGCACCCUUGUGUUAUGUUCUGUCGCAGAUGUUAAUCUGACACUGCAAGAGGUCAGAAGGGUGCUCAAGCCUGGUGGCGUUUACCUCUUUGUUGAACAUGUGGCUGCAACAGGUAAAGAUAAUGUUCUCAGAUUUGUUCAGGGACUGCUUGAUCCAUUGCAGCAAACGCUCGCAGAUGGUUGUCAUCUUACCAGGAAAACAGGAAAGAGUAUCACUGAAGCCGGUUUCUCAGAUGUAGAGAGUCAUCAAGUUGUAUUAUCAUCUGCCUCACUGAUAAAUCCUCAUAUCAUUGGCAUGGCUCGCAACUAAACAUAUCCCAGUCACCAAGUGUUACAAUGGUGUCUUUUAAAUCUUUUGCUCAUGAUGUUGAAGCUUCUCCCAGGCAUAUUUCAACCUCAUAAUAUAUUACCCCGGAACAGCAAGGGAGCAACAGCUAUUGUAGAAUUAUGGAUCACCGUUUACAAGCAAACAGAUGAGUUUAAAUAUAGUGACAUGAUCAGUGAAGAUUCAUAUAGCCAACUAGUUAGGGAUUGAGGUGUAGUAGUUAUUGUAUUUUUCCAUCAAAGAGAUCAACCUUGUUCUUGAUAUCGGGUUAUCUGUACUAGUUUGAUAGUGUCUUAAGUGAAAACAUCAACUUUGUAACGCACAGUUGAUUGAGCAACGGAUGUUGUAUCAUAACUA